UUUCCAGCUUCAACAUCAACUGCUGUGUGGGUUCUGACCAGGAAACAAAUGGCCUACACAGCUCAAAGUAGGCAAAACCAUUUUUCUUCCUGCUCGUGACUGGGUUGAUGCCGAAAUAAUACCUCUAAUCCUUAACUUUCAUCAUAGUUAUCCUAGUAUUAGAUAUCAGUACAGCCAUACAAACAGUAGGUAAUCAUGUCCUUUCUUUCGUCAUUGCCCAAUUCAUUGUACACUAAUUUAUCAUCCACAGAUCAACAUUGUUCUUUUGCUCCACUUUGACCAUCAUUGAGCGAUUAUAACUCAAUCUUUUAUUUAGUGUUUUUCCCUGUUGCCUGCUUACCUGGAUACCUGCUUUCUAUCUUGUUCACCCAUCUUUCUGUAAGCAUUUUUCUGUUAUUAUCUUUCUGUUGUUUCCAUUAUUAAAGUACCUUCAUUGCAUCUACCUGCUUUCCUGUGUGUCUGCAUUUGGAUCUUCAUUGCCUGUGAUGUGACAGAAUGAAGCUACUACAACUAUGGACCCAGCAGACACUUCUGUCAAGGAUGAACUUAUACUGUCAUGCUCCUGUAUUGUGAGUGGAAAAAAGAGCUUCGUUUGGAAUGCCAAGAGACUGCUUCAGCACAGCACACAGGGGAGUGUCUUCUAAGCCGUGGUUAAACCGUUUGUUGCCUGACUGGCUUAAGGACUUUGUAAGCACCGCUGAUUCCCAGCCAGUCUUCCAGCCUGCUAGCCAACAGUGAAUCUCUCAGCCUGCUAGCCGCCAGCCAGUUUCCAAGUUGGCUAGCCACCAGCCUGUUCCGAGUCACCUAGCUUUGAGCCUGCACUCCAACCUGUACCCCGGCCUGCUUGCCUCCACCAUGCUAGCUUUCAGCCUGCACUUCAGACUGCUCUUUAGCUGAUUUAGCUUAGGUAGGCGAGCCUGCAGCCUUCUUUUCUUAGUCAGGUAAACAUUUGCCUUCACUGCCUAGCGAUCCAGACCCUCUACUUCCCAGCACCAUGACUGAUGCCCAGCUGGACCCUGAGUUAACCAUCCCUGCCACCUGUUCCUACAUCGGGGGUCCCAGCCGAUGUCUCUUCUGUUCCUGAGUCUGCUCCUGAGUUGGGGGUCCAGGCCAAUGUCUCAUCUGUUCCUGAGUCUGUUCCCGCUUCAGGGGCCCCGGCCGAUGUCUUGUCUGUUCCUGAGUCUGUUUCUGAUUCAGCCAUUCCUGCCGACAUCCUGUCUGUUCCUGUGUUGGGGGUCCCUGCCAAUGUCAAGCCUGCUCCUGGUUCCCAGUUAGUGGUCUGUCUCCUGCUCCUGAUCUCCUGUCGGCAGCUCAGCCGACAACGGCUCCUUGUUCCCAGUCACGGGUCCGUCGAUGUCAGCCUGGCUGCCUACCGGCCAGCCUAUAUCAGUAUAUUUCGGUGGCAAAGCUAACACCAGCCCCCCUCGACAGUUCCUGCUGAUACACUGCUUGACUACCCAUAUCAUCAGUCGGGUGUUUUUGUAGAGGUCCAGCCAACUACUGCCCUGCUCCCUGACUCGAUGUGCAGCUGAAUCUUCUGGUGCUGACUGUCCCUCCAGACCCCCAGUCUCUUCACCGACCUCCAGAGUGGCCCAUCUUACGUCGCCAAACUCCAGCUCAAUCCCCAAAGUGGUCCAGCAUACACCGCUGUCCUCCUGCUCAACCUCCAGAGGAGACAUGCCUUCACCGUCACCUUCCUGCUCUGCCUCUAGGAUGUUCCUGCCUUUGCUAUUGGCCUCCUGCUCUGCCUCAAGAGUGAUCCCGCCUUCACCGUUGGCCUCCCAUUUUUCCUCCACAGCAGAAGACAGUCCUACUGAGGAAUAACUCAGCCUUGCAGAAUGUCACACUGCGCACAAAAAGAAUGCGUGAACGUCCAACUUCAGCCAUCUACCCUUCCGAAAGCUUCCGACAGUCCCUGCUGGGAUCCCGCCGUGGUCGCUCCAACCUAACCCUGUCCAAGAGUGUCUCCACCAACAACAUAGCAGGAACCCUGAAUGAUGACUCUCCUCUGGGGCUGCGCAGGAUCCUGUCCCAGUCCACAGACUCCCUCAGCUUCAGGACCAGAGCUAUGUCAGUGGAGUCUCUCUAUGAUGAUGGAGAUGUAUACUAUACUUCAUUGCUGGAAGAGAUGGAGCUGGAGGGCCAGGAAUUUAAGGCUGACUCAUGGAGCAUGGCUGUGGAGAGCAGUUAUUUGCAGACACAUCGCAAAAACGUCAUCAAGAGGCAGGAUGUUAUCUAUGAGCUGAUUCAGACAGAGCUGCACCACAUGCGAACGCUGCAUAUCAUGGAAAGAGUGUUUCGGCAGGCCAUGCUGGAGGAGCUUCAGCUGGAGCUCAGCACUGUGCACGCCAUGUUCCCCUGCUUGGACCAGCUGAUCAGGAUACAUUCGCAUUUCCUGGCACAACUGCUCUUACGGUGCAACAACAGCCGGCAGUCUGGAUCCAGCCGCAACUUCACCAUUCACCAGCUGGGGGACAUACUACUAGAACAGUUCUCAGGCCAGUGUGCAGAAGACAUGCAGAAGACCUACGCUGAGUUCUGUAGCCGCCACUUAAAGGCUGUUAAAUUGUACAAGGAACUACUGGCCAGAGACAAGAGGUUCCAAUGCUUUAUACGGCGGGUGAGUAGAGGACCCUUGCUACGUUGCCAUGGUGUCCAGGAGUGCAUUUUGUUGGUGACUCAGCGGAUCUCCAAGUAUCCUGUCCUUAUUCAACGCAUUCUGGAUAACACCACCGAGGAUGAGGAAGAAGCCUCUACUCUGGCCCAGGCUCUUACGAUGAUCAGAGAACUUCUUAGUUCAAUAGACCAGCAGAUGGAGGAACUGGAGAAAACACAAAGGCUGCAAGAGAUCCAGGCCAAGCUGGAUCCAAGGGCUGAGACCAGAGUGAGGGAUGGUGAACUUUUCAAGCCCGGAGAGUUGCUCCGCCGGAGACUUGUCCAUGAAGGGAUGCUUUUCUGGAAAACUCCAGGAUCCCGACUCAAAGAUAUGCAGGUCUUAUUGAUGACAGACAUCCUGGUGUUUCUGCAGGAGAAAGACCAGAGGUACAUCUUUCCAUGUCUGGACAAACCUCCAGUACUGUCCCUUCAGAACCUGAUAGUGAGGGAUAUAGCCAAUCAGGAGCGAGGCAUGUUCCUCAUCAGCGAUUCCUCUCCUCCUGAGAUGUAUGAGUUCCAUGCUGGCUCCAAGGAGGACAAGAAUGUCUGGAUACGCCACAUCCAGUGCACUGUCAGCAAGUGCCCAUCAAGAGAGGAGUUCCCCCUAAUAGAGACUGAAGACAAGGCCCAUCUGAGGAGACUCAAAGCUGACCUCCAGCAGAAGGACCUGGAAAUUCUGGAACUCCUGCAGGAGAGGGUGACUUUAUUCUGUGAGCUGGCAGAGUUGACAAGUGGUCAGGAGGGCCUACAGCCUCCCAUCACUCGUUACUUGUUCAGGGCAGACACACCCCAAGCUGCCCGUGCAGAGAAACUUCUACUGGAUGCUACAGCUGAAGUGGACAGGUUGAGCGAGCUCCUCCUGGGAUCCAGUGUGGACACCCCUCUUCUGUGUAUUCACAACCACAUGGAGGUGGUAGAAACCAGACUCGUGCUGAGUAACUGCUGUGUUUGUCAUCAGGAUCUGUUGGUCAAUGGAGCCCAUGAUUUCUGUGCUGCAAAGGACUGCAUGAGGAGUCAAGAUAAGCCACCAUCCACGGAGAUCUGUCAGAGGCUGGUGAACCUCAGUGUUUAUCUCCAUGCACUCCAGGGUGCUGUCAUCAAACAAGACUCCAUCUUGGAGCUUCCGCCACAGCCACAGGGCACCAUGGUGCCAACUGCAGGAGGAGUAUGGCGCCCUCUUUGGCGAGAUGGUGGAAAUCGGGAGGCCAAUGUGGGGUCAACUAUUGGGGAGUUGGCUCUUUUGCAGAGACAACACAGCCUGCUUCAGGAGGAGCUGCUGAGGCUGCGGGAUGCCGAGAGCCGGUUCAAGGACAGUGAGAGGGCCCGGGCCAAGCUGGAGAGGCAGGUCCGACACAUGAAGGUCUGCAGUGGAGCUUCACCCUCCUCCCAGCAGCUGGGAGAGCAGGCUUCUCAACCUGCAUCUGUGCAACCAGGAAGCAAUGUCAUAACUGGAGCUGACACCCCACAGGCCUUGCAGGAGCCUGUCCAUCAAUCAGAUGGUCUACAGGAUGGCAGUGAUUUGGAGGCAGACAUGACGUCAGAUGAUGAUGAUGAUGAUGAUGAUGAUGAUGGGACAGCAUCUGGAAGCUCCAAAGAUCUUCAAGAUAUUCCAGAGGAGAUCUGAUCCUCGGCAUUUUUCACAGUGCUAAUGAGCUCAUAUCUAUAAUAGAUUUUAAUAUAACCAGAUUGACUCCAACAAUGUCUCUUUUCUGCAGGUCGUAGUAUUUAAUUAGCUGCUUUGCUUUGAGUGGAUGUCUUGUGAUAGUGAGUUGUUUUAUUUUUCAGAUAUGCUUUGGAUUGUUUGGAUUUCCAUGAUUUAAUUCCAUCAUUUGACUGAAGGGGUGUGGAAAAUUGAUGAAUAUUGGUAAUAUAUAUGUAACUCUAUUAGAUCUUAGGAUUUGGCAAAAUGACCAUUAGGACUGAUGAUGAGGGCUCAUAUUGUUUUCAACACAAGUAUUUGUAAUGUUCAGUUAUUUUACACUGUGCAAAUGAAAUAUGCAUUUUUAUCAAAUUCAUGUAAGAUAAAAAUCAGGAACUUUAGUAGUACAGUGGAAACCAUUUAUAGUGAUCACGUCUGUUCAGGUCAAACUGAUCACUUUAAAAGGACAAUUAUUAUAACUGGAUUUUUUUUCUUUUUCUUUAUUUCUCAUGCAGAUUACCAUCUCAUUAACAUUUGAAUAUUUAUUACAUGAAUAUAAAGUAAUGAAAUGCACAGAUUUGCUAUUUACUGAUUUAAAGAUAAAAUAACAUAGACUGCGCCUUGGUCCUCUUCUGCUCCAGGCCUAGUCUGAAUGGUCAGAAUGAACGCAUUACACUCCACUCAUAUAACUUACCUGCAGCUACGAGAGAUCGGGGACGGCAAUUACGCAAUGUAAAAGUCCCAAAAGGCAAGCAGAGUAGGAACCUGAGGGCAAUAUAAUUCCCUGAGACAUAGCAGUGUGAGUAGAGGAAGAUAUCACAUGGCGUGCUACUGUGCACAGCAAGCACACUUACACACACACAAACACAUACACAUUCACACACAGUGAAUAUAUGUUGGGAGAGCAGGCAGUCGUUUACACACUGUGGCAGUCCAAAAACUUUGUGUGAACAAGUUAGAAGAGAGCCUAAGCAUAUGGUAGCUUGCAGUAGUAGGCUACAACAGUUUUAAUUUUCUUUCUCCAUAUCUUGUCAUGUUUGAAAAGACCCAAUACGAACACUGAAGCGGACUACUUGAUUACUAUAAGCAAAUUAUUUAAACAGCAUUUGUAUAGGAAUUAUUCUGUCCCAAGAACCAUGAUCUUUAUAAGCAGUUUCCACUGUAAUUUACUUUAUAUAUUGAAAAUUACAAUAUUAAUACAAAAAUAUGGGUGAAAAGUGGAUUUAAAAUGGGAUUUGCACCUCCAUAGUUUAUAAAGUAUACAACAGAAUGGACUACAGUCCUGUGUAAUAUAAGUAAAAUGUUAAAUAAUUCAAAAUUGCACCAUUUUACAAUAGUAUUAUUUUUAAGUUGAAGGGUUGAGUUUACAGUUCACCUGUGAUCACUGCUACAAAAGUAAUUACACCAUUGAUUACCAGUUAUGAGUAAAUUGUAUGAACAAGGUUAUAAAAUAAAAAAAAAGUGUACACUGCUUCCUCAGUUUUUGUCUAAUGCAAUAUGGCUCCACAUGGUAAGGAAUUGCCUGAACAAAUAAUCUAGAUUAUGAGACUUCAUAAAGAUGGGAGAAGGUACAAGAACAUCAAUAGACUACUGAACAUACACUGAUCAGCCAUAAUGUUAAAACCGCUAAUAACACUGAUUAUCUCAUUAUCUUUUAAAGUUGAUUUAUUGGAAGCAGGAAAAAUGGGCAAGCAUAAGGAUCUGAGCGACUUUGACAAGGUCCAAAUUGUAAUGGCUAGACGACUGGGUCAGAGCGUCUCAAGAGGUCUUGGGGGCGUGGGGUGUUCCCAGUAUGCAGUGAUUUGUACCUACUGGCGACAGGGUCAUGGGCACACCCGGGGAACGAAGGCUAACCCAUCUGGUCUGAUACCACAGAAGAGCUAAUGUAGCAGGCAUUGCUGAAAAAAGUUAAUGCUGACUAUGACAGGUGUCAGAACACAUAAGUGCAUCUCAGCUUGCUGCUUACAGGGCUGUGUUGCUGCAGACCGGUCGGAUUGCCCAUGCUGGCCCCAGUCCACCAAAGAAAGCACUUACCAUGGGCAUGUAAGCAUCAGAUCUGGACCAUCUGAUGAAUCAAGUUUUUUUCACAUCAUGUGGACGGCCAGAUCCCUGUGUGUCAUUUAGCUGGGGAAGAAAGGGCAGCAGGAUGCACUAUGGGAAGAAGGCGAGCUGGCAGAGGGAGUGUGAUUCUCUGGGCAAUGUACUGCUGGUAAACUGUGAGUCCUGGCAUUUAUGUGGAUGUUACUUUGACACGUACCACCUAGCUAAACAUUGUUGCAAACCAAGUACAGCCCUUCAUAGCAACGGUAUUCCAUGAUGGCAUUGGCUUUUUUCAGCAGGAUAAAGCACCACACUGCUAAAAUUGUUCAGGAAUGGUUUGAGGAACAUGACAAAGAGUUCAAAGUGUUGAGUUGGCUUCAAAUUACCCAGAUCUCAAUCCAAUCAAGCAUCAACAGGAUGUCCUAGAAAAACAAGUCAGAUCCAUUGACGCCCCAACUCACAACUUACAGGACUUAAAGCAUCUAAUGCUAAGAAUUUGUUGCCUGAAACCCAGUUACAGCGGUGGUUAGAAGGUAUAGAAAGAGCCAUAUUACCAAUGUCAGAAGGCACAGUGGCUGUCCUCAAAAAAUGAUGCCACACACAAUUCACUAUUUACACAGCCUUGCUUUGAAAAACAGAAAGGUAAGUGGCUAUGACCUGGUACAAGGAUUAUCUGUGGAAAUAGGUGUUUCAGUGAUUGAUCAGACAGUGAAAAGGACCUUGCAUGAAGUCAACCUCUACAGACAGCAUCCAAAAGGAAAACUACUGCUCCCAAAAUGGCACACAAUUGCAAGAUUAAACUUUGCCAAAGACCAUGAAAAUAAACCUGAUGAAUGUUAGAAACACAUUCUCUGGUCAGAUGAAACCAAAAUAGAGUGGAUCAGAUGGCGUACAGCAUGUUUCGCAUGGACCUGGCAGGACUGCCACGGUGCCAACCCUGAAACAUGGAGUUGGGGGUGUGCUGAUAUGGGGCUGCAUGGUUGCAAAAGGUGUAAGGGAGACAACAUUUAUAGAUGGCACUAUUAAUACAAGUUUGUAUACCCAAGUAUUGAGCGAAAAAAUGAUUUCCAGUCUUAAAAAGCUUGGCAGUAGAGGAGUUUUCCAACAUGACAAUGAUCCCAAACACACUGCAAAAUGAUAGACAAACAUAGUUUGUACGAGAAGGGAAAGAAACAGUGGUCACAGACUUUGUUGUCCCAUCGUCUAACUCAGAUUCCCCAUUAAAAGGUUUUGCAACAAAGGUCCCGUCCCAAUAAACACACUUACUAUAUUUGUAAAUAGCUUAAAUAACUGCUAACAGUGUUCACAUGCAGAAUGUUAAUGAGUUGAGGACAUCCUCUGGCUGGCACAAAUACAUGGCUCCCUUGAGUUCAGAUUCUUUGUUGCUCUUGUUUAUUUUCAAUAUAAUGAACAAUAAGUAAGGUCCACCAUGCAGCAUUAGAUCAGUCCACAGUAAGAGAUUACCCUAAAUAACGUAUAUUCAGCAGCUUGGAGGAGAAAUACAGCUAAUUAAAAAAAUAAAUACAGUGAUCUAGAAGCACGUACGUCUACUGUACUAAAAGAGAUAUAACAUUAUUUUGGAAGAUUUCUGUCUGAUAACAAAUUUAGGGAAUGCACUUCUCAAAAAUAUUGAUAAAAGGAUCUUUAAUGUUUAUGUUGACAAUCUCAAAAAUGUGAUAUUAUUCUUAUCGGUUGCAUAAAAAAACAGAUUUUUUUUAUGUCAGGUGAUAAUCAUCUGCAGAAGUUACGCCAUAAUUCAGUAUUUGGACAUGAAUAAUAAAAUUCAUGUUGGGUCCUGCAUUUCACAAAGUUCAACUUCUUUAUGUCUGUUUAUAAUUAUUGGUUGUAAAACCAGCUUAUAGGUGCAUGACUGCCUGUGUGGGAUGUGGGAAACACAUGCCUACCACUUAGAGGCAUGUGAAUGCUCACUUAAGUGCUCAGGACCAUUAGUGUGGGUACUGAAGGUAAUUUCGUAAAGAAAUAGUCAAUCAGUAGUCAGUUUGGUUUUGGUAUUUGCAUGUUUUCAACCUCAACUAAUAAUCUAUCUGUGUGUAUAUAUAUGUGUGUGUGUAUAUAUAUAUAUAUAUAUAUGUAUGUAUGUAUAUCCUGUGAUACUAAUUUUCCAUCAAUCACCAAGAAGGUGGUGGCAAACUUAAACUUUUUUCCAAAUCUAUGUAAUCCCUAUCUUCAGGAUAUAGCUUUACAGUGUAUUGUGUAUGGUGGAAUGUAGUGGAAAGUGGUUUUGAAAACCUUUUUGAGUUAUUCAGAUAUUUGUGUGGCUGCAAAAAGAUUGUGAACUUUCCACUGUAGUUUUCAUAUUAGAAUGUCCCAACUGUACAUGUACUUUUCUGAUAUGAAUGUAUUUUAGGCUACAAUGUCAUUGGCAUCUCUGGAAUCUGAUAAAAACUUUGGCUAGCUAAAAAGGCAAAUUUAUGAUGGCGAUUAAUGUUCAAAGCCAAGAUAAUAAUGAGAUUUAUGAGAUGCUUUAAGCAAUAUAAGGUAGAUGUAUUAUGUACUCAGCAGAUACAGUAUUUGUCAGUGACAGUGUAAAGCCUAACCUAAAACAAGGACUGUACUUACUUUUGCACACCCUUUUGUCAUU